AUGAUGUAUCGUACAACAUUAAAUAAUCGUAUCAAUGCUUUAGCUAAUAACUAUAUAUAUAUUAAUCAAGAUGAAAUCUCACAUUCAUUAAUAUGUCCAAUAUGUUUGGAUCCUUUAAUUGAUCCACAAACACAUGUUUUAUGUAAUAAUUCAUUUUGUAAUCGUUGUAUAAGAAAAUUAAGAUAUUGUCCAUGUUGUCGAGCGACGAUUACGGAGUUAAAUGAUCUUAUAGUGACAAGUGAUAUUAUAAGAAAUACUCUUGAUGAACUUCAAAUUCAAUGUAAUAUAUGUAAACAUAUCUUAUGUCGUGGUGAUUUUGAUAAUCAUAUUCGAAAUGAUUGUCUUCAACUAUCAUUAAUAACAUCUGAAGAAGAAAAUAAUUCAAAUACAAAUGAAAAAUAUCUUGAAAAGCAUUUAUCAAAUUUAUAUUGUCGUAUACAUAAAUUAGAAGAUGGUUUAUAUGAAUCAAAAAAAGUUAUAUUGACAUUUUUAUUUGUUUUAUCAAUAAUUGGAAUAAUAAUUCUUUUAAAUACUAUUUUAUUUUAUAUAAUUUAUUUAACUAUAUCCGGUUUGUUUACAAUAAAGUUACCAUUAUUUAUUCAAGCAAUACAAAAAUUUUUAUUUGAUUUUCUCCAGUGA